GUUAGAUUAGUUCGCAACGUAGGGUGAAUACACUUCAUCGAUUUCCUUUGUCCUCGGUCCCCUUUUAUGUUUGAAGUAUAUAGCUACUCACUCAGUGUUAUAGUAGAUCUACCAGCUGUUUCGAAACAACAUAAACAUUUUGGUGUUGAUAAUCUACGAAUGUAUACAGUAUUGAUUUAUAAAGUUGUGUGAUAUUGUUUUGUUUUGCCUUAUGUAAUCUGUGUUAGUAUUUUUGAAUCAAUAAUUCGAUCGUUCUGUUUUCAAGUUUUGUUGUGUACUACGUUUUUUUAUGAAUCAUGAAAAACAAAUGCUUAUGAAGGUGCCUAUAAUUUUAUAACUACCAUUUUUACGAUUCAUUUGUUAAAAAUCGUUUUAGUUAGACUUACCUUCCUUUAUUAUAAAAUUAGUUCCCUAGUGUUAAUAAAGACGAUCAGUAGCUCUUAGAAAUAAAAAUAAUUUAAUUCAAUCCAAGUGUUAUUUGACAACAAAUUAUUACUAUUUAGUUUCUAAGUACAUUGACCACCACCUAUGACAAAAAAAUGAGAAGAAUUAGAAAUUAAAGUGUAAAUAUUCCUAGUAUUAAUUUACCUACAUUUUUAACUUAAGAAGACACAUUAUUAGAACAAAACUGCCAAGGUUACAUUGCAUUCAGCAUCUUUAAGGCGACGCUCAUUCAGCAUGUCAGCGGAGUCGCCACGACAUGUGCGGUCAGGAGGGCCACUGACCGUGCCCUCCCAGCCACCAAGUGACCGCAGCAUCAUCGAUGCCGUCUCCGGCUUCAUCAACGACGUGACACUUUCCUCUUCAUCAUCAGUAGACCCUAAAGAUGUUAUUCAGUGGGCAAGGUUCGAAACAGCAGACAUAAACGAGCCAACACCUGAAGGCGACAGUGACAGUGAUGUGUCUCCGUUGCUCCUAAUCCUGGGCUACGGAGCUGGAGUCCAAGUCUGGCUGAUACCCCCUACUGGGGAGGCCCAGGAGGUGUUGUCAUGGCGACAAGGCACAGUGAGGGUGCUCCGUAUACUGCCUACUCCGCAGCACGGCGACUGCUUCGCGUCGAAGAGGCCCCUUAUUGCCUUGUGUGACUCUGCCAGCCCCGGCCCAUCUUUUUGCUCACUUAGCUUCAUUUCUAUCAGAGGUGGUGAACAGGUAAAAAGCAUCAAAUUCAAGAACCCCAUUCUCGACGUGUUGGCGAACAAGCGAUCAGUGGUGGUGUCGUUUUCCGAACGUUUCGCGGUAUUCGACGCUGCGACUCUAGAAGACCGAAUGGCCGUCACUACUUGUUACCCCUGCCCAUGUCCUUUGGGCGGCAGCUUGCCAAUCAACCCGUUGGCGCUUGGAGACCGCUGGUUAGCUUACGCUGAUAAGAAACUUAACCAGUCCAAGAGGAGCAGUGGAGGGUGUGAAGCCGAAGGCGUAACCAGCUACACAGCAACAGUGCUGCAUGCCGCAAAGUCCCUCAGCAAAGGCCUACGUGGCCUUGGAGAGAGCGUGGCGCACAGUCUAGCUGGGGGGCGGAGCACCUCCCAGUCUCCAUCACCACCCAACACUGAUGUACAGCAGCCUGGAGUAGUCACCAUUUUGGAUAUUGAGGGUAACGAGGAAGACGACGGCCAAGACAGCGAAGAGACAUUCGAUCCAAUCGUGGCUCACUUCAUAGCGCACUCGGAAGCAAUAAUAGCUCUGAAGUUUGACGCUAGUGGUAUGUUGUUGGUGACGGCGGACCGACGCGGUCAUGACUUCCACGUGUUCAGGAUCAACCCGCACCCUUGUGGCUCCAGCCUGGCUUCCGUGCACCAUCUCUAUAUACUGCAUAGGGGGGAUACUACGGCUAAAGUGCAGGACAUAGCAAUAUCCUGCGACAGUCGUUGGGCGGCAAUAUCGUCGCUCCGCGGCACCACGCACGUGUUCGCGAUCUCCCCGUACGGGGGCGCCGUCGGCGUACGUACUCAUACGCAGCCGCGCGUAGUCAACAGACUGUCGCGGUUCCAUCGCUCGGCUGGGUUACCUAUACAUGGAGUACCCGGGAAACGAGCUACGCCGGUCGGCGACACAAUGGCCCAAGGCGCGUGGUUCCCCAACCCCCGCCUGCCCCCGUACCCGCUCCCCACGACACUAUCUCCCCUCGCGCAACUACGCCCCACUGCCAACAUACCCACGCACACUAUCACUAGGAAUAGCUCUGGUCGGCAGCGCCUGUCGUCGCUGUCGGAGGACAACAACGCGGCGCCGCUGCUGGCCCGCGCGCGGUUCGGGCCCGCGCUGUGCCCGUCCCCCUCGGGCCGCGCCCCCGCCCCCGUCGCCGCGCUCUACCUCAUGGCCGCCAAUGGAUCGCUGCUGCAUCUACUACUGCAUCCUCGACCGCUGUCCUCCAUACCGAAGGAGAAGAUCUGCGACGACUCGGCGAUCGAGUUGGAGGUGGAGGCAGUAUCGCAGUGGCCCCUGCAGCGCCCGGCCGCCGCCGCCGACCUGUUGGCUCCGCUACCGCCUUCCAACCCCUUACUGCAGCCGCAGACUUGCAGGAGGUGCGCGGAUAUGUGCAUGAGUGAAGAAGAGCGUUGGUUGUCGCAAGUGGAGAUAGUGACCCAUGCUGGACCACAUCGACGACUCUGGAUGGGACCACAGUUCGUUUUCAAGACCUAUAAUUGCACGGGAUCAAACUCGUCCCUGUCUGAAGCGGAGACAGUAGAAGUGGAUACUAGCGCGGCCCGCGGCGUCGCUCGUUCCAACCCGGUGAACAUGCCGGGAGUCAGGCCCGUCGUACCUGUCCUCAUAGACUCUGGAUCUGCAAGUUCUCUAGAACAUUCUCCGUCGGACAGUUUCCGCCGCAAGUCGUUGCUGGCAGAAACUGGCCGCGCGGCCUCCGUCUGUGACGUGCAGCUGAGGGAGGACUUGGCCGAGGCUAUGAAGGAGGACCAUGGGGCGGCGAGCGACAGCGGCGCCCCCGCGCCCGCGGCCCCCGCGGCCCCCGCGCCGCGCUGCGUGGCGCGCGCCGUGGACCCGCUGGGCACCGUGGUGCAGCCGCCGCCCGCGUCGCCGCCCGCCGCCUGGCCCGAGCCCUACGCCGCCUCCAACUGCGACGAGGCCACGUUCCGCCCCGUGCUGCGCGCGCCCGCGCCGCCCGAGGCGCGCCCCGAGGACGCGGCGCGCCCGCUGCCGCUCACCACUACUAUCCCGGUGCAGACCGUGACGGAGCCCACGUCCGCGCCCGCGCCCCCGGCCGCGCCCCCGCGCGCGCUGCCCACGGCCGUCGUCAUCCCCGCCGCCCUGCACGACGACGGCAUCAUUAGUUUUAACUUAGAUAAGUAUAGUAUAGACGAGGAGGCGACGCGAGAGAUGAGGGAUGCUAGACGGAGUGCGAGGAGCUUGGCGCCUGCCGAGCGAGCCUGCCAGGCGCCUCCCGACACACUGCCAAAACAGAGGCCGUCGGGUGAUAUUCAACCGGCCGCCCCACCUACAGUUAGGCGAUCUCCCACCCCAAAGUCGGAUAGCGAUGAUAACUCUAGGGAUAAGAAAUCUAGUAGAAUUAGGGAAAGCCCUCGCCUGCGAGAUGAAGGAUCGAGGGCUUCUAGGUCUAGUGAGGUACGAGAGCGUAGAGAGUCUACUCCUAAAGUAGAAAGAGUUGCUAAGAUGGAGCCUGUUCAGAAAGAAUUUGUUCCAAAGGAGCAUGUUCCAAAAGAAUCCGUACCUAAGGUAACUGGUUCAAGGGAAUCUGUACCAAAAGAGAUUGUUGUGAAAGAAUCUGUGUCAAAGAAGAUAGCUUCCAGAGAGUCUGUUCCGAAAGAACUUCCAAAAGAUGUUAUUGCAAAAGAAUUAGUAAAAGAAAAAGAACCUGUCGUGAAAGAACAUCCCUUAAGGGAGUCGGAUCCCAUUGCUUCCGUUGAUACUCGCGAAGAGUCGUCCUCAGCGAGCGUUACUUUAAAAUCGUCGUCUAAGAAAAAAUCUGAGUCAAGGUUUGUAAAAGAAAAAGAUGUAGAAGUCAUUAAAACUGAAGAACAAGCUUGGGAUAUGCUCUUGAACGAGCCGGAGAAACCAAUUGUGCCUAAUAAACCACCUGUCGAAGAAAAACCUUCCGAGGAACCUAAACCCAAAUCGAAGAAAAACCGAAAGGGUAAGAAGUCUCAGGAUGAUACGCAAGUGAAGGAUGAGGAUACAUUUGUAGAGAUACAUACAAUCGAAGAUAAACCUCAGCCUUCUAGCGGUGACCUAGUUUCUAUAUCAACACCUUAUGAAGAUAUUGAACCCAUGUCUUUCUUAGCGAAAGCUAAAAAGUCACGGUCUACUAAAAGUGUAACUCCAGAGAGAAGGCACGACUUUGAUCCUAGAGAUAUUUGGGCACUCGAUGACUCGGAAACUAGUAGUUUGCCUAAAAUAAAGAAUGUCGAUGAUGAUGUUAAGGAUGAAUGGUCUGAACCAAUUUCAAAAGCCAAAUCUAGAGAUUCAGGGACAGCAAUACCUACAGCAGAUUCGCUUAAAGUUGAAGGAACUGAGCAAAGUGCCUCUCCAUUGAAAGAAUCUGCUCCUACUAAGAAAACUAAAUCUCCAUCUCCUUACGCCGAACGUAAAUCAACCGAAAAACGCUAUGAAACUGAUGUUACAGAUGUUUAUGUGAUAGAUACCAUGAAGGAAGAUUUCCCUGAAAUUCAGAUAACUAAAGCCAGUAAGGCCCGAAAGAAAUCGCCUCAACCUGAGAAAGUGACUCAGGAGGAUAGACCAAUUAAAUCUUGGAGUUCUAUAGCUGCGUCUAAAAAUGAAAAGGUUUCUGAAGAAAGAGUAGAAACCGAAAAGAAAGAAGAAAGGGUUCUCAAAGUUAAAGAUAUGAACGUAGAGGCUGGGUCUUCCGAUCAGGUGUCUUUGCAAGAGAAACUUAUUGAACUUUGCAAAAGGCCUGAUAUCAUGGUCGCCCAGUGCGAUGCUCCGGCAGAACUAAAUUUUGUUGAGGAACAUCAUUCAGUUCUGGACCUACCACCUUUGGAACCUUUGGACUUCGGUUUAGACGAUUUCAAGCUAGAGGUGAUGCGAGACAGUCUACUGGAAAUGAACGAAGGGGCAAUCUCGAGUCCUAUAUGCAAGAUAAACAUUGACAACAUACUGUCGACCAUCAAAGAAACGACAAACAAGACUAUAGAAUCUAGUGCAUUCAACCUGAUCGAUUUGGAAAAGGUUCCUUCAAAGAAAGAGAAAGGUUUUAGUGUAGUUGAGAAUGAUAAGAUAACAACUCAAGAAGUGAAGAUUGACGAGGAUAAAUCUGACGAUAAAGAUGUAGGGGUAAUGGAGAAAUCUUCGGAUGAUGAUGUGUCGUCUCCCUUGGCGUCAUUGGACAGUGACAAAGAGGACAAGAAAUCAACUGGUGCUUCUAAUGUAACCAUGCCUUCGACAAAGCAAUCUUCUAAGUCUAAAAAGUCGCGUAAGAAGAAAAAGUAAUAAAAUGUGUUCAGUGAUAUUAAUGUUCAAUGUUUCGAUUUUUGCAAUAUUUAUCGUAGUUUAAAUUGAAGACAUAUUCAGCUUACAUUCACUUCGAAAUUCUAAUAAUUUUUACUAAAGGCUGAUCUGGAUGUAGUGGUUUAUUUUAAGGAUAUCAGUAGAUUUUUAAGUAGAAGAAUAUUUUGCUAAAGUACAGUAAGAGUUUAAAGAAGUUUAUUCUUUCAUGUGAUAUGUCUAAUAACCGAUUGUAAGUUUCAAAGCUUAAAUAUAACAUUUUAAAGACAGCAUAAUUUUAUGAAAAUGAUUUAUUUUAUUUUUGGGGUUUUAUUUGUAACUUUUAUUAUAAAGUAUGUAGUCACACUAAUUUAAUUUUAAUAAAAUAAUGUGUUAAGUGAAAAUAUCAAAAUCAUAAUUUGAUUUUUGUUUUAGUAGGUACUAUAAUUUGAGCCAUUAUAAAUAUCACUCAGCGUAAUAUAUUUUGGGUUAAUUUUCUAUAGCUGAAUAUGUCUUGUUUACUCUGUUAGAAUCAAACAUUUGCUGCUGUUGUAGUAAUCUUAGUUAAGUAAUGCAAUUUAUGUGAUUAAGCACAGGUAAAAGACAAAAAAAUCUUAAAAUGUUUGUAAAAAAAGUGAUUUUAAAAUAUUUGCUACUAAAGCCUAACAUUACUAUUUAGGCAAUGACCUUUUAUCGUUGUUCAGUAGCGGUAUUUAUGUCAUAUCAAAAAAAUUAACAUAAAAAUGUAAAAAUCUAGCAAAAUACACAAAAAAUAAAACUUAUUAGAUUUUUUAUGAAGACCAAAAAGUCCUAGAAAUUGGAAAAGUAUUAAUAUAAAUAUGCAUGUACUCAUAGUUUAUAGGUUUCGGGAAACAUUUUGAUAUUAUCGAAUCAUGACUCGGUGCGUUGGUCUUCAUAAAAAAUCUCUUACAUUUUUUGUAUAAUGGUACUCUUUUUAGUACUUAUCUCUUGUUUAUUUAGUUAUUAGGGUGUAGAUGAAUAAAAUUGCAUAAAUUGUGGAAACAAAAAAUCAAAAAAACUAAACACUGUUUUUCUACGCGCCACGCAUGAUCUUAUGUAAAGGCCAGUAUACACAGAACCUUGCUUACCUUACGAAUAACGCUUUACCAUAUUAUAUGGAUACAGUAUGUUAUAUAUUUUGCAAUCAGUUACUUUAGAGGUCGAAUUUUUCAGAACGGAGCGUUAAUUUCUGACCUUGAUAUAAUUGAGGCUCAUUUUAAUUAUUAACAUGUUAUUAUAUUGCGAUCGUACCUCAGUAUUAAUUUAUUGAUGCUUUGCCUCAGUUGGGUGGUUCUGAAUUGGAUAGGACAACUAUCAUGGCCGGCGAUGCUUUGAACGUGGUGGAAAUACAACCGUUCAUUGCUAGCGUCUGGUCCAACUAUGUCAAUUAAGCACAUUUUCCAGAAGACCUGCUUAGGGUUAGGUUUGACGUGCUACAAAUUAGAUCAAUGUCUAUUAAUGUGCGGCAAAUAAUGUGCUUGAUUGGGUUUAGAACUUGAAGAUACUUUCUUAAGUCUAAUUCAGAAGUAGCCCAACGCUUAUGACUUAGUCACCCCGGUAUAUAAUACCUUCUCAUGUACGGCUGUCCUCGUGUACAAAUAUAUCGUAACUAUCGACAAGUAUUAUUUAUUAACCAAUGUUUUUUUCUAAUUUUAUUUAGCUUUAAUAUGUUGAAUCAUGACAAAUAUUUAUUUUUUUAUAUAAUUUACGCGUGAUCAUUAAUUUUUUUCGGUGAAAUUAUUUCGAUUACAAUUAAGUCAAUACGUAUAUAGUUGGUGCAUAAUGCUAUUUAUAAUUUGACGAUGAAUAUUAUGUUCUAAGGGUUCUAAUUAAGAAUUUGUUUCCAUAAAAUGAAAGUUGUUUAAGAAAGAAGUUUGGUCAUGUUUGCCCUCUAUACGAAAGACUUAUUCAUUUUGGUAAAUGAAUGAAAUUAAAUUAUGAAAUUAUUGUUGUAAUGGUUAUUAAGAUCUCCAAAAUAAUAAAGUAGGUUUUCAGAAAAGAUCUAAAUUAGAAAGUUGUAAGACUAUUUAUUUUCUCGUAAUAAUGAUAGAUGAUGCUUCUCGUUGAGACUAACAUGUUUCACUAGAGCAUAUUUCUUAAUAAUAAUAAUUUCGGUUUAACACAAGUCUAACCACUUGGUGCGAAUUUAUGAUAGUAGUUUAAUUUUUCACGUAGGUAGUACUUAUUUUGGUAUAUUUACUUAUAAUGUGGAUACAACAAUAAAAAAAAAUACCACUAAUUUUGGGUUGCUACGUAGUCGGCUAUUAUUUUUAUUCUUAGAUAAAUUACUAACGGCAGCUUAAAGAAAACUCAGUUAAUACUUUUGUCGAUGAAUUCAUGUAUUUGUUAAGAAAGAAAAACAUCCAUAUUUUCGGACAGAAUAUUUUUUUAUUUUGGGAUUUUAGCUUCGAAAACAAAAUGUUCUCAUCGUCUACAACUUGCCUACCAACAGUUAACACGCGGAAUUAUUUCUUACAUAACUAUAAUUUGUCCUUCCUUAAUGACCAAUUCAUGUAUUACUACUUAUUAAUGAUAUGAAUGUAAAUUCAUUAUGUUUUAUGGCUAACUCACGUAACUGUUUAACGAGGUAUCUCGACUAGUUUCAAGUCACACUCGGGGCUCAUAAUCUUGAGUCACAUUAUGCUACAAAUGAAACAGUUACGUGUGUGAGCCGUAAAACAUAAUUAAUUUAAUAUGUCUCACGAGUUAUAUGAAUGUAAAUAAUAGUUCAAUCUACUAACUCUAUAGAUUGUUAAAUAUUGUCUUCGAGAAUAUUAUUCAAUUAUUUAUGUUGUAAUAAUUCAUGCAUAAUAAAAUAAUAUUGUACAUUUACUUACAUCUUGUGAAAUGCAGAGCUAUAGAUGUGUGGAACUGCUAGCAAUAUUGCAUAGUAAAAUGUACCUUGCUUACUUACACUUUAGAAUCAAUAUUGCUUAACACACGACAAAAAUAUUUUGGCUUGAUUUGGCUUAGUUACAAGUCGUGUGUACCAAAAAUGGACUUAUACUUAAAACUAAGAUCGAUGUGAAAUGUUUGCAAACAAAUCAUAAACAUCGAGCUAUUCUGUGACAGCUACAGUGACCUUAGUCUUCAACGCCAUCUAGUGGGCAGAAAGGAGACUUCAUUGACUAGAUUUCUUUUUAGCUUGUUUACCAUACAUUUCGCGUCAAUUCUGGCUUAAGUAUAAUAUCUAUGUGUGAUAAUAAGCAAGGUAUAUUUCUAUAUAUCAGUGUAUGCGAUAUUUUCAAGCUUCAAUGUUCGCGUGUGAUAUGUAUACUUUGGCUGUACUAUUCUGUUCUGUUGAUAAAGUUAUGGAGUGUUUUAAAAAAAUCAGGAUAGUAUCAAACAUAAUAAAGAUGAGAAUUCAAAAACAGCA